CAUUGCGUUCAUUGGUAAAAGUGAAGCGUGCGCGUGUGGUUGCCUCAACUACUUACAACUGCAACAUAAGUUGGUCUCUGUGCUGUGCGAGCUCUGAGCUUUGUUUGUGUCGUUUGUUCCAAUCGAGAAAGUUACCCUGACAUGUCUGUGCUGCGGACGUUGCUGCUGCUGGCACUAAGCGCCACCAUGGCGCUGGCCCAACGCCGCUUGGCCCUGCCAGAUCCACGGAGCUGUGCGAAUCGGGUGCGCCAUGCCUCCUACAGGGAUGCACGCGGAGUCUCUCAUUCGUACUUCUUCAGCUGGGAGCAUGCGCCGACGCGCAGCCUGGAGGUGGACUGGCUGGAUGCGAGAAAUAUUUGCCGUCGCCACUGCAUGGACGCCGUGUCGCUGGAGACGCCGCAGGAGAAUGACUUUGUGAAGCAGCGCAUAUCCCGCGGCAAUGUGCGGUAUAUCUGGACGUCGGGCAGGAAGUGCAACUUUGCUGGCUGCGACAGGCCCGAUCUGCAGCCACCGAACGAGAAUGGCUGGUUCUGGUCCGGAUCGGGCGCCAAAAUCGGACCCACAUCGCAGCGCAACACUGGCGACUGGUCGCCGACGGGAGGCUACAACCAGCCGCAGCCCGACAACCGGGAGGCUGCCCAGGGCAACGAUGAGAGCUGCCUCUCCAUCUUGAAUAACUUCUACAACGAUGGCAUCAAGUGGCACGACGUCGCCUGCCACCAUAUCAAGCCCUUCGUCUGCGAGGACUCCGAUGAGCUGCUGAACUUUGUCCGCUCCCGGAACCCCAAUGCCCGCUUGUAAUUCUACUCGUAAUUCUAAUGCUAAGCUAAAACAAA